AUGGCCGACCCGGCAAAGAAGAGGAGUAACUCCGCCAUAUCAAGAGGAGGAGAGAGCCAAUCACGUGGUGCGAAGGGACCGCGGUUAGCCACCCGCGAUAACCCUACCGAAGGUAGGGGCGGGAAACCGAAAAGUCCGCCAGCGGGUAGCAACAAGACCGCCAGCGGCCCUCUAGCAAGGCAGGCCCAAGCACCUUAUCCAGAAAAACAGGAGCCAGUAAUACGGCCAACCUGGGGCCUGCCAAACCGACCAAGUACAAUUGCGAGGACUGCGGAAAGGCAUUCAUCACUAGAAACGGACUGA